GCGUACGCAUGCGUUCCACAACGCAUGCUCAACGCGCAACAGUUUGCAUAUCACCUCGUUAUCACGUGGCUCUAUGUUUUUGUAUACAUUACAUCGAUGGUUUUGAAACGAAGUAUUGAGAAUAAUGAAACGAGGCCCUUAUAAAGAACAUUUGAAAAGGACUGGCGACCUUCCUCUAUCGACAGACUAUUCUCGAAAGAAAAGACGAGUUGGUGUUGGUGAAUGUAGUACGGGCAAGAGAACGACAUACAAUGAAGAGGUUAUGUCCCCUGAUGCACGUAAUGGACUACCGUUUGAUGAUCUGCAUGAAAAUGAAGAUUAUGUAAAUCAACAGGAACUACUAGACCAUUUAUGUAUUGCAAAUCUUGAUAAUAUUGAUGAUAGUAAUUCAUCGGUUCAAGAAAUUGAUGACAGUGACCAGCAAAGUGAUACAAGCAUAAGCGAUGAUAAUAAUGAUUAUGACAAUAUUGAAGAGCACAAAUCAUCAAGUGUUAGCGAUUUCAAUGAA